AUGGAUGCAGAGACUUGGGAAGAAGUCCAAAAGCUACAGCAGCUUUGGCAGAGAGAAGAGGAUAUGAGGUAUGGUUUUGCUCAAUUUCCUUGGUCAUCUGUUUCAACCUCCUCGUCUUCGUCUAGGCAAAACUUUGUGAAGAAAAAAGAGCCUAUACCUGACGUCAAGGACAGUGGGAUUUCCGCAGAAGCAACACUAUGCAUGCAAAAAGAAGGCAACGAUUGGGAUGUCUAUGCUUCUUUGCCUACUGCGAUAAAGGCAUUGCAGACAUUAUACACAGCGCCUCGCCAGCUCAGCUUCCUGGCCUACUUUUCGGAAUCCGACGUCAUGAUCGGAAAAGGUGGAAAGCAAUACUUUGAGGAUUGCUGGAGACAAGGAAAUGGACGAGAUGGAGAGGUCAAGUUUAUGGCAAAGACUGUGCCGGAUACUGAUCAUGAUAGUAUUGUCUUGGCGGAAAAGGGGUGUGUGGAGGAGGUGUUUAGGGAGGUCAAGAGGUUGUGUGGGUGA